GUAUUGGUGAGACGUCGCGGACCGAGCGGGUGCUUCUGCGUCUGCACAGAGGAUGGCCCAGGUGCAGGUGGCAGACUUAUGGAGCYAAAGCAGGGGACACGAUGAGCCUUUCUACCCAGAAAACAGAGCUCUUUCCUGGGCUGGAGACUGGAGCUCGAGCCUCUUYUUGAACCUGGAGCUGGAUUAGUGCACCUGUAACUGUUUUUGUACGUAAUUCUGUAUCCAUAUGACCGCUUGAACUGUUCAAAGAAGAUUUUUGUUGUUUUUGCUUUUAAAUAUUUUUCACUUUGUGAGAAAAGCAUGCCGUGCAGCUGUCCUGCCCCAAACUGGAUCAUAGCUUCCGCACAGUGUGGAUAGCUGCAGAGGAAGAAGAGCAGCUUAACAAAGAGGGGAAUUUAGACAAGGAGGCAUUUUUUUGUCCUCCUCACACACCUGUAACAGCUGCUCCUCCGACGGACGGCCUGCCAAGAACAGGAGGAAGAGAAUCAGAAGAAUAAAAAGGUUAAAGAGGACACUUUGGGUUUGGCUCUCCAUCCCUCCUUUCCUGCUUCCCACCUGUGUGGAUUAAUUGGGCUGGAGCAGCAUGGCGCACGCCGCCUCGCAGCUGAAGAAAAAGGCGGACGAGAAUCUCGCCGCAGAGGAGGAGAAGGAGAAGGAGAAAAAGAAGGCGAGGAAGCGCUCGCGGGAGGUGAAGAAAAAGACGGAUGUGAACGCCUGUUAUCUGCGCGCAGCUCGGGCUGGAAAUCUAGAGAAAGCUUUGGACUACCUGAAGAACGGAGUCGAUAUCAAUAUUUGCAACCAGAAUGGUCUGAACGCUCUCCAUCUGGCCUCGAAGGAGGGCCAUGUGGAAGUGGUGGCUGAGCUCAUCAAGCAUGGCGCCAACGUGGACGCGGCCACUAAGAAAGGAAACACUGCCCUCCACAUAGCUUCUCUCGCUGGACAGACUGAUGUAGUGAAGGAGCUCGUCACACAUGGUGCAAAUGUCAAUGCACAAUCUCAGAAUGGCUUCACUCCGCUCUACAUGGCGGCGCAGGAGAAUCACUUGGACGUGGUGCAGUUUCUGCUCGACAACGGCUCCAGCCAGAGCAUCGCCACUGAGGAUGGUUUUACUCCGCUGGCGGUGGCGCUGCAGCAGGGCCACGAUCAGGUGGUCUCCCUGCUGCUGGAGAACGACACGAAGGGRAAAGUUCGCCUCCCAGCGCUGCACAUCGCCGCACGGAAAGACGACACCAAGGCCGCCGCCCUCCUCCUCCAGAGCGACCACAAUGCCGACGUGGAGUCAAAGAUGAUGGUGAAUAGGACAACAGAGAGCGGCUUUACUCCUCUCCAUAUUGCUGCUCACUACGGCAACAUCAACGUGGCGACGCUGCUGCUCAACAGAGGGGCGGCCGUGGACUUCAAGGCGAGGAAUGACAUCACACCACUGCAUGUAGCAUCCAAACGAGGAAACACCAACAUGGUGCGACUGCUGCUGGAGAGGGGGGCCAAAAUAGAUGCACGGACCAAGGACGGUCUAACUCCACUCCACUGUGGAGCCAGGAGUGGUCAUGAGCAGGUGGUGGAGAUGUUACUGGACAGAGGAGCUCCGAUACUCUCAAAGACCAAGAACGGUCUCUCUCCUCUCCACAUGGCAACACAGGGCGACCACCUGAACUGCGUCCAGUUGCUGCUGCACCAYGAGGUGCCGGUGGACGACGUGACCAACGACUACCUGACGGCACUGCAUGUGGCCGCUCACUGUGGUCACUACAAAGUGGCGAAGGUCAUUUUGGACAAGAAAGCCAACCCCAACGCUAAGGCACUGAAUGGUUUUACCCCUCUGCACAUUGCCUGUAAGAAGAACAGACUGAAAGUGAUGGAGCUGCUUCUGAAGCACGGGGCAGGGGUGAGACGGCGCUCCACAUGGCAGCGAGGGCCGGACAGUCCGGCGUGGUCCGGUAUCUGGUUCAGAACGGGGCRCGAGUCGACGCCAAGGCCAAGGAUGACCAGACUCCGCUGCACAUCUCAAGUCGACUGGGCAAGCCCGACAUCGUGCACCAGCUGCUGGCCAAUGGGGCRUACCCAGACGCCACGACCGUCUCUGGGUACACGCCUCUACACCUGGCUGCCAGGGAGGGACACCGAGACGUGGCUGCAGCUCUGCUGGAUCAGGGAGCCAGUCUGGCCGUCACUACAAAGAAGGGCUUCACUCCGCUGCAUGUUGCUGCCAAGUAUGGGAAGCUAGAGGUGGCUAACCUGCUGCUGCAGAAAAACGCUCCACCCGACGCUGCUGGGAAGAGUGGACUAACUCCACUGCAUGUGGCGGCGCACUAUGAUAACCAGAAGGUGGCGCUGCUCCUUCUCAAACAGGGAGCGUCUCCUCACGCCGCGGCAAAGAACGGAUACACUCCCCUGCACAUCGCAGCCAAGAAGAACCAGAUGGAGAUAACCACCACUUUACUGGAGUACGGCGCCUCCACCAGCGCCGUGACCCGGCAGGGGAUCACCCCCCUGCACCUGGCGGCGCAGGAAGGCAACGUGGACAUCGUGACGCUGCUGUUGGCUCGAGACGCUCCCGUCAACAUGAACAACAAGUCUGGUCUGACUCCACUCCACCUGGCUGCCCAGGAGGAUAAAGUCAACGUCGCUGAGGUUUUAGUCAACCAAGGAGCAGUUAUAGACCCCGAGACCAAAUUGGGAUACACCCCUCUCCACGUGGCCUGCCACUAUGGCAAUGUGAAAAUGGUCAACUUUCUGCUAAAGAACCAGGCAAAGGUCAACACAAAAACCAAGAAUGGUUACACACCUCUGCAUCARGCUGCACAGCAGGGACACACACACAUCAUCAACUUACUGCUGCAUCACGGAGCGUCGCCCAACGAGCUCACUGCUAAUGGAAACAGCGCUCUGUCCAUCGCCAGGAGACUCGGCUACAUCUCUGUGGUCGACACGCUGAAGGUGGUCACAGAGGAGACCCUCACCACUCAGACUGUGAUAGAGAAGCACAAGAUGAACGUUCCAGAGACCAUGAACGAGGUGCUGGACAUGUCCGACGAUGACGCCUUUAAAGCCAAUGUCCCUGAAAUGAUCACAGACGACUAUUUUUCUGAUGUGGAAGAAGAAAUGGAGGCUGAAACUAUCUGCAUCAACUUUUCUUGUGAUGAUGGCUUGACCGGGGAAACGGACAAAUAUCUGGCCCCCCACGACCUGAGGGAGCUGGGGGACGACUCGCUCCCUCAGGAGGGCUACAUGGGCUUCAGUGUUGGUGCACGGUCGCAGAGUACCAAAGCCAGCCUCCGUUCCUUCAGUUCUGAUAGGUCCCACACGCUAAACCGGAGCUCCUUCACAAGGGACAGCAUGAUGAUCGAGGAGAUGCUGGCAACCAACAAGGAUAUGAUGCUCUGUAAGGAAAGAUCUUUCAUUGUAGAGAAACACAACAAGCAUUUGUUGAUGGCGAAGGAUGCAGACAACGAAUCUCUGAGGAGGUACAGUUGGACUGCAGAUGCCCUGGAUAAYGUCAACCUCGUCUCCUCACCCAUCCACUCUGGUAUUUCCUCUCCGCUCCCGCAGUAUGACAGCAGGUUCCUGGUCAGCUUCAUGGUCGAUGCCAGAGGGGGGUCCAUGAGAGGAAGUCGUCACAACGGCAUGCGCAUCAUCAUCCCACCUAGAAAGUGCACAGCGCCCACUAGGAUCACCUGUCGGCUGGUGAAGAGGCACAAACUGGCAUCCCCUCCUCCGAUGGUGGAAGGAGAAGGCCUGGCGAGCAGAUUGGUGGAGGUCGGUCCAGCGGGAGCUCAAUUUCUUGGGCCCGUAAUAGUGGAGAUCCCACAUUUUGGCUCCAUGCGAGGCCAGGAGAGAGAGCUGAUCCUGCUGCGCAGUGAGAAUGGAGAAACCUGGAAGGAGCACGUCUACGACUGCAGGACUGAAGACCUCAACAAGCUCCUGAAUGGGAUGGAUGAAGAACUGGACAGUCCUGAGGAGCUCGAGAAGAAAAGAGUCUGCCGCAUCAUCACGAAAGACUUCCCACAGUACUUUGCCGUGGUGUCUCGGAUCAGACAGGAGACCCAUCAGAUGGGACCAGAGGGUGGGACUCUGUGCAGCYGGAGCGUGCCAUUGGUUCAGGCUUCCUUCCCUGAGGGGGCGCUGACCAAGAAAAUCAAGGUUGGGUUGCAGGCCCAGCCAAUUCCUGAAGACACUGUGCAGAAGCUUGUCGGUAACAGAGCAACUUUCAGUCCCAUUGUGACCGUGGAGCCUAGAAGGAGGAAGUUUCACAAGCCCAUCACCAUGACGAUCCCAGUCCCACCCCGUUCAGGGGACGGGCUUACAAAUGGUUACAAAGGUGACAAUACCCCCUGCCUUCGCCUCCUCUGCAGCAUCACAGGUGGUACAUCCCCUGCGCAGUGGGAGGACAUCACUGGCACAACUCCACUCACGUUUGUCAACGACUGUGUCUCUUUCACCACUAAUGUCUCCGCCAGGUUCUGGUUAGCGGACUGUCACCAGAUCCCAGAGACGGUGAGCCUAGCCACGCAGCUCUAUAGGGAGCUGAUCUGCGUUCCCUACAUGGCCAAGUUUGUUGUGUUCGCUAAGAUGAACGACCCAGUAGAGUCCAGUCUGAGGUGCUUCUGCAUGACGGACGACAAGGUKGACAAAACCUUGGAGCAGCAGGAGAACUUUGAGGAGGUGGCWAGGAGCAAAGACAUAGAGGUUUUAGAGGGAAGGCCCAUUUAUGUGGACUGCUAUGGAAACUUGGCUCCUCUGACCAAAGCUGGUCAGCAGUUAGUUCUGAACUUCUACGCCUUCAAGGAAAACCGUUUGCCCUUCUGUGUCAAGGUCAGAGAUCCCAGUCAGGAGCCCUGCGGUCGCCUCACUUUCCUGAAAGACUGUAAGUCCCCAAAAGGCCUCCCRCAGACCGCCGUGUGCAACCUGAACAUCACACUUCCUGCAGUGAAAAAGGAAAUGGAUUCAGAUGCCGAGGAUGAGACUGAAAAGCCAGAUCGACGUCAUACUUUUGCAUCCCUAGCCUUACGUAAGCGCUACAGCUAUCUGACUGAGCCUGCACCGAAAACAGCAGUUGAACGAAGCGCAACAGCAAGAGCACUGCCUGCUGGUUACCCUCACAAACCUGUCUUUCCAACCCGACCUUACCCACCAUGGUCGACUGCUCCUAUUACCAUCCCUGGCCAAGCAAGAGCCAUCGGAGUGGGGGGGUCCUUCCCCCCUAAUGAUUCACCGGCAGGGUCACCCGCUGGUUCUCCAUUAAAGUCUGCCUGGCCCCUCUCAGCCCCUUCACCUGCAUGUCCCACAGUUAUAAAAGCCACCCUGGGAACUUCACCUCCAGCACCUGCCUUGUCAUCCCCAGUUAAAUCUGUCACCGACAUGUCAUCUUCAUCCCCAAUCAGGUCUUACAGGACUGUGCCUUCACCCAUUAAAACAGUUGUCCAGCAGGGUCAAUACCCCCAUCAAGGUCCUGCUAGCCUUCUGACMUAUGGAAGUAAACCUGCCACAGAUCCAGUUUCAAUCAAAAACCUUGCUUCAGCAUACACCUCAAGGACCACUCCCAUUCAUUCAAUACCUAACGGCUCUUUAUCUGACAGAUCCUCCUCCCCUAUAUCUUCUGCCGCAUCGCCAAAAAUACUGACCAGUAUAUACAGUUCUAAUCUGCCUUUUAAAACUGCCCUUGGGUCCGCUGUCGUGACAGAAGCAGCGGCAGCCGCCACAUCUUCCGUAAAAAGUAUCUCUAGUCUGUCAUCUUUAAAAACCUCUGUUGAUUCAACACUUUCAUCCCGAGGAGGGAGGACAUCGGUUUUAUCCCUCUCCUCAUCUGGUCAGACGACUGUUGCCUGCUCAGAUUUUUCAGUGAUGAAUGGAUCAACCACACCUGUUAAAUAUAUUUCCUCCUCCUCAACGCCGUCCUCCCCCACGUCACGUCUUUUCUCAGAGAGAAGCAGCAGUCUUCAGGAGAGGAUCCAAGCCACMACACAGGCAGCAACGUCUGGUGUCAGUGCAGCCAUAAAUGAUGCUAUAGAUUCCUACUCUGUCUCAGGAUUUGGCACACUUAAAUCACUAUCCUCCACACGUAGAUCUGCAGCACCAAGUUCUGCUUAUGGUUCUCUGAGAUCUGUCGCUGCCCCCCCAAGCUCAACAGUCUCUAACACAAUGACUGUCCCUGUUUAUUCAUUGGUCAAUGUCAUUCCAGAGACUCUGGUCAAACCAGGGCCUGGGUCUCUCAAAAUGGCGCAUCCGGAUUCCCCUCGUUCUUCAUCCUCCUCUUUGUCUUCUUGUGUUACUGGAACAAAAAUAAAGUCCCAGUUAAAAUCCCCUCCAUUUAUCACUCCACCCGUCAUCCACCCAACUGCAGCUUCUAACCAGGAAAUACUGAAAGAUGUUGCAGACAUGAAAGAGGAUCUAAUCAGAAUGACGGCUAUCCUACAGACAGACACUCAGACAGCAGCUAAAACUGUACAAACAUCACAAACUGGCACUCCUAAAGAAUCUAAGUUGCUGGAUGAGGAGCCGUAUACUCUAGUUGAGAGGGUGAAAGAAGAUUUAGUCAAAGUCAGUGAAAUAUUACAGAAAGAUAUGACUAAAGGCAAGGCUGGUGAAGAGAAAGCCUCAGAGGAUGAAUGGGAGGAAUUUUCCAAAGAUGAGAUUGAGGAGUCACAAAGAAGUACCCUCCCAGACUAUUACCCUGCUUUUAAUGAAGACGCACUCUUUACCCACCAGUCCUUGUCAAACAAGCUCAAGUUAGCUGAAGUAGUAGAUUUCUUAACAAAUGACAUUGGUGCUAGCUCAUUGUCAAAAAUGGCUGAGCUGAAAAGUAGAUAUGAGGAAGAGUUGAAGAGUGAUGGGGAAGAGAAACAAAAACGAGUCCUCAAACCAUCUGUGUCCAUACAAGAGAACAAACUCAAAAUGCCUCCGCCGGUCUCAGGCAUGCUCAGGUCUCCCUCAGAGAAGGACUUGAGCAAGCUUGCCGAGUCAUAUCAGGGGUCAGAAACAAUACUGGAAUCUCCUGAGGACCUGUCUCACGAGCAGGAUAAAAGUCCCCUAUCAGACAGCGGGUUUGAGACGAGGAGUGAAAAAACGCCCUCUGCUCCUCAGAGUGCAGAGAGCACAGGACCCAAACCUUUAUUCACAGACUCACCAAUCCCCCCUUGUGUAACUGAGACCAGAACUGAGGUCGUCCACAUUAGGAGCUACGAGCAGCCAGACGAUCUUUGCGAGCCUGGUCUCAUGGAUGAGGCUGCAUCUGCUCUCCCAGCUGUGGAGCCUGAAGCAGCUGCAGCCAAAGCCCUUCAGAUGAAAAUUCCAGAAGAUGAUGCCUUGAUGAACAAAAGCAUGUGUCUUAAAGAGGAAACACAUAUUACUACAACAACUAGAAUGGUAUAUCACAAGCCCCAACUAACUGAUGGCACAGAGAUGAUAGAGGAAGCUAUGUCCGUUCGAGAUAUCAUGAAAGCUUUUCAGUCAGGGCGGGACCCAUCUAAAGACCUAGCAGGACUUUUUGAACACAAAGCUAGCCAAGAUUCAGUGAAAGGUGAUGAGCUGACUCCUAGAUUUCUAGACAGAGACAUUAAGUCAAAACCAAAGGUUGAAAGGAUAAUAGAAGUUCAUAUUGAAAAGGGCCACAGCACAGCAGAACCAACAGAAGUUAUUAUCAGAGAAACAAAGAAACACCCUGAAGUUUACAUCUAUAAAGGUGACCGUGGAAUAAAGGAGCUUACUGAUUACGAUGAAGUCCAACAGGAAGAAGAGGAACUUACUGCCGAAGAAUCCUUACCCUCCUUCCUGGAAACAUCUCGUGUUAACACCCCAGUGUCACAAGAAGAGGACAGUCGCCCAAGUUCAGCCCAACUAAUGGCAGAUGAUUCAUAUAAAGCUCUAAAACUCCUCAGUCAGCACUCCAUAGAAUACUGUGAUGAUGAAUUAUCAGAGGUUCGAGGGGAGUCUUAUAGGUUUGCUGAGAAAAUGCUUCUUUCUGAGAAAAUUGACCCAUCACUACAAUCCUUUUCUGAUAUAGAAGAUUCUACAGGAGUAGCUGACAAAAACCGACGCCUAGUUUCUGAGGAAACUGGUAGCACUGGCAUSCCAAAUCAGCACCAGGGAAGCCCCAAAAGAGAGUUUGUUUCUAAGUCAUCAAAAGAUGGGUCUCCUAAAUCUGGUAAAUUCCUUCACAAGGAUGAACCGUCUCAGUUUGACAAGGUGACAGUGCUCCAUUACUCCACAGAACAGGGCAGUCCCAAACAUGCAGUUUGGAUGAGAUUUACUGAGGACAAACACGAYAAGAGCAGGGAUAAGCUGCUUUAUGAGGAUCGUGUAGAUCAGACCGUAAAGGAAGCUGAAGAAAAACUCAGUGAGGUGUCACAGUUUUUCCGUGAUAAAACAGAAAAGCUGAAUGAUGAGCUGCAGUCCCCUGAGAAAAAGCCUGUUAAAAGAGAGCUGAAAGAGCCUCGAWCUUGGCCUAGCUCAGUCUACAGCAGCCCAGAGAAAACAAAACAGACCCCUAAAGCAGGAGAUGAGGGCUUCAGUAAAAGCAGACUCAGGGAGCCUUCAGUUGGUAAAAUGUUUGGAACCGCCACAGUGGUUGAAAAGAAGAGCCAUAGCUUACCAAGCAGUCCUCAGAAAACACUUUUCUGUAGUACCAGUGAAGAUAAAAUAAAACAAGAGCCUAAGUUUAGUACAUCUGAACCCUCUUCUCCUGAUCAUGUAAAAACAACAUCCAAAGUCAGUGCAGUGAGGAUGAAAUUUGAAUCAGAAGCCUUGAAAGCUAGUCAAAGUCAAUCGAGUCCAACCAAAAUACCCCCACCGGUACAACCAAAACCAUCCAUAAAGAAAUUACAGGAAAGCAAACUUCCUGUUUAUCAGUUAUUUGCUGGAGSAAAAACAUCAAAAGUUUCAGAAAUAUCAGAAGAAGAUGGGCAAAAAAAGAACACUGAGAAAGAAACAGCAGGUACUAAGCCUGACCAGACGCCAUCAUCKAAAAUCCCCAAAGUAGACAAGCUUCCAAACAAAAACCUUGUUGAAACCUCGCAACAAAUUAGAGAAACUAAAAUUGAUAAAGCAACAGCUAAAGGUAAAGAUACUACUUCUUGUGCAACUCAGGAAAUAAAAGACAGCAAUAAAAGCCAAUUUAAAACACACAAUGUUUAUGAAAGUGAUGCUAAAAAAUGCCAACAAACCACAAAAAGUGCCUAUUUACCCAAAGAAACAAAAGAUGAAGCACCCAGAAAUGAUGCAGAAGAACCACAAAACAAAAACCUCAGAAAAAAGACUGAAUCUCAGAUCCCCAUUAGAACACCCUCUCUCCCAUUAGAUAAUGACCUCACAAAGAAACUGACACUAGCAAAGCCCUCACAGAUACCUACACUAUCUAAAACCAAAAUCCUUGAGACAGGUCCAGCAAAAACUGACCUAACCUUUGAAAUUCUAGACAAUGCACCCAAAGAUUCCAACUCUAAUAACCUUCCUAGCCCUGGGGAAAUACUAGAGAAAGUUAUAACUCCUUCCUCUCCUGUAACAACUAAAGAGAAUUUCAAGGGCGUCAAAACAUUACCUGUUUAUGUGCAGGUCGGCAGGCAGGCAGAGAGGGAAGCUAAGGGAGCACUCUACAAUGUCAAACAGAAAUCAAACUCCACACUUAGCCCCAUAAGCCCUGACGAUGACACAUUAGAGCAGGUUUCUUUCAUAGACAGCUCUGGUAAAAGCCCUCUUACACCAGAAACCCCCAGCUCUGAGGAAGUCAGUUAUGACCUCACAUGCAAAACCCCUGAUGGUUUUAUGGGAUUCAUAUCAGAGCAACCAAGUCCCAUCAUGGAGGUAUCUGAGGAAUCAGAGGAAGACGUUCAAGGGAACACAGUGUUCUCUUUUAAAGAAGCCCCUAUAAAGACUAAAACUACUGUUGAGGAUAGUCUAGAAGACCUUGUUAAUGCUAACAAAAAAGAAACAAAAGUGAUUGAUAAUCAGCAAAAAUUAACUGAUAAUUUAAACAAAGAAACAGUCACUAGCAUGCAUGAUGAAAUUAAAGGACAGGAGCAACACGAAGUAUCAAAAGACAAGGGUGUUGCAUAUAUUGAGUUUCCUCCCCCUCCACCUCUGGACUCGGCUUCCGAAAUUUCCGACCCAGAAAGAAAAGAUUCACGUGCUUCUUCAGAGACUGAGACAGAGAUGAUGGAUGUGAACUUACAGGAAGAACAUGACAAGCACCUGCGAACCGAGCCAAUUAUACGCAUACAACCUCCGUCCCCAGUCCCCGCCGGGACAGAUGACAGUCAGUCCAAUGCUGAUGAUGCAGAUGAUGAUGAGUCUAUUUUCCAACCAAUUCCAUGUAAGAAAAUGAGUUCUAAAACUUCUCCAGAGGAGGAGGAGGAAAGGAAGAAGGAGAAAGAAAAACCUCUUAAAGCGAAAAGGCAUGAUAGAAAUGGACACAAAGAAAAUGGUGGGACCAAUGGCUCCAGCAAUGGUUCCAAAGGUUCAAAUGGCAAAGGGGAGGACAAUGAAUGUGAGCAAAAUGGAAAUGACCAGUCGAUAACAGACUGUUCAAUAGCCACAACAGCAGAAUUUUCUCACGACACAGAUGCAACAGAGAUAGACUCUCUAGAUGGAUAUGAACUUCAAGAUGAAGAUGAUGGUUUGUACGAACAAGCAGAGUCUCUUCGGCUAAUUGGUCUUCAAGACAGCCGAAAAGAUGUUUGGGCAACAGACUCAUUUAGGUCCUCUGACCGCACUUUUCCACAGACUAAACUGGAAGUUAUUGAAGAGGAGAAAAUCUUAGAGGAAUGUCAGAAGGAUACUUUCAAAAAAGACACUUCCUUAGAUAAUGACAAGGCUGAUUGUGUUGGUAAAGAUGGCACUAAAAGCCAGGAGCAACAACAGUCAGAUAAAGGAUUUUCAGACAGUUACUUUAGUUAUAAAGUAGAAGAAGAGUUUAAUUCUCCUUUUAAGACUGUUGCCACCAAAGGCCUAGACUUCGAUCCAUGGCCCAGUAAAAGUGGCGAUGGAGAAGUCAUUGACAUGGGAGGAACACGGGGAAACAACGGUGAGCCUAAGCCUUAUGGACUAGCAGUUGAGGACCAAUCUCAGGCCACAACAGCAGAAACUACUCCAGCCCAAACUCCAACAGACGAUAGCACGCCAACAAGUGAACCAAACCCAUUUCCCUUCCAUGAAGGGAAGAUGUUUGAGAUGACACGCAGUGGUGCGAUUGACAUGAGCAAGAGAGACAUGGUGGAGGAGAGGCUCCAAUUUUUUCAGAUUGGCCCUCAGAGCCCCUGUGAGAGGACAGACGUCCGCAUGGCGAUAGUAGCCGACCACCUCGGCCUCAGCUGGACCGAGCUGGCCAGGGAGCUGGAUUUCUCUGUGGAAGAGAUCAACUUGAUCAGAGUGGAAAACCCCAACUCCCUGACGGCACAGAGCUUCAUGCUCCUAAAGAAAUGGGUGCACAGGGAUGGUAAAAAUGCCACAACGGACACUUUAACUGCGGUGCUGACUAAGAUCAAUCGCUUGGAUAUUGUGACUUUGCUGGAAGGGCCCAUAUUUGACUACGGUAACAUAUCAGGCACACGCUGCUUUGCCGAUGAUAACGCAGUAUUCCCGGAUCAGUCCGAUGGGUACCACAAUUAUGAUCUGGAACUGAAAACCCCAACAGACCUCACCUACGUCCCCCCCACCCCGCUGCGCUCCGAUGAGUUCUUUGAGGGCGAUGCUAGCGUAGAGUCCCCCACCAAGACCUCGCUUAGCAGACCUAGUGACCUCACCCUCGCUCAGACCMCCAGCAACUCCAGGGCCCCKYACCCCGGCUCGGCGCCUCCCAUUGUUGGACCCGAAGAUACGACCCUGACUAGAGGAGAACGAGCGGCGUCUCUGGAGAGGCCGGAUAAUGACCGGCGGGCUGCAGAGCAAUCCGUAAAGAGGACAGAAGACCCCCUCCAAGGUCGAGUCUCAUCAGAACUUCUGGAAGGAAAACUAAAAGAUGAUGUCGCCGCACACGCCGGCUCAGGAAACGGACGGGAGGAAGAAGAAGAGGAGGAGAUGACCCAGGAGAAACUGAGGAGUCUGCUGGAGGAUAUAAAGCUGGAAGGAGGCAUGGAGGAAGAGGAGAUGACCGAAGAGAAAGUCAACGCRAUCCUCGAGCAAGUACGGCAAGCAGAAAAAGACAUGUCUUCAGUUUCAGGUUGGAGAAGCGAGGCUUCCGGCGCCGCCGCGGAGUCAGCAGCUGCAGGACACGGCGCCAACGCCGAAGAGGGCAGCGCUGAAAGUCCGUCGGACUCACUGGAGCGGCCGCCGGCUCAGAACGGAGGUCACAAAGAGGCCGCCAAGAAGARGACGCCUCAGGAGGACAGCAGCGUAGCGGGACCAAGCAGAGGACAGGAGGAGGGAGGCAGCAAGGCUCAGCACAAAGKCCAGGAGAAAAUGAGAGCUGACCAGUCCAGCUCUGACGAGGAGGCCACUGUCACCACCAGGGUGUACCGCAGACGGGUCAUACUGAAGGGAGAGGAGGCCAGAAACCUUCCUGGAGAGUCUGUGACCGAGGAGCAGUUCACAGAUGAAGACGGGAAUCUGGUCACCAGAAAAGUGAUCAGAAAGGUGGUGCGCCGAGUUUACAACUCAGAGGAAAAGAGGGAAUGUGAAGGCCAGAUUAUACCAGAGGAAGAAACUCCUGGUGGUGGUGUAGCAAAAGGUGAAGCAGAUGCUUCAGUGGGAGCAGCAGGAAACAAGGGGGGGAAGGGCAAGAAAAGAGGGAAGCGUUCCCGCCACGGCAACAAGGAGGAAGCCCAGAGACAGAAACCGGAGCCUGGUGACGCUUCCAACAAAAAGACGGGGAAGAAGAGUCAGUCGUAACACCGGAGCGCUCAACUACACCUGGUUUCUGAACGUCCACCUGCGACCCCCCCUACACACCCACUCCGGGACGAGAACCACUCCGGAGCCCGGGAAACAGGAUCCGGGUCCGUCGGCCAAAUCCUGUUUGAAUCGUUCACCUUUCCGCAUGGUUUUCAGCAAGACGACGUUACUUUUCCUUGAUUUCGCAUGAGCAUGUCACCAAACUCACUAUCAGAUGGACGUAAGCUGGAAAAAUCUACUGGAGAAAAAAAACUUCUUUUUUUUUUUGGCGAAUGAACUGCAGCCGGAACUAAAAGAGAGGACAGACUUCACUCUCAGACUCGCCUCAUGGUUUGUUUGUUUUUUUUUCCCCCUGGACUGAGUUGCACCAUGUGCUUCUUUUAUAAGAAAUCUAACAGUAAAUGGAUUGAUUUUUGUUGUAUAUAAAUGACUGUAUAAAAAUCUUUUAAAAACAAAAAAAAAAAACAAAAGUAGCUUCACAGAUUGUUUAUGCACUGAUCCGAGUUGAUGAAGCUUCGCGGAGUUCGCUGCGUUUGUUUUCGAGGCCGACGCUUCGAGUGUGUGACCUGAUCUGCUCUUCCUACGCAAAUUUAAAAAGGAACAAAAUGGCUGAAUGAAAACGAGGAACGAAUGGAGGUAAAACACUUUUCUUUUGUUUGUUUUUUUCUUUAAAGGCAACAGCUGUGGAACAUCCUUCAGAGAAAUGAUUUGUUGCUGCAUGUGAUGUCACUUUACUUUGAAACGCUUUCCUUUUAUCUAAUUCAAAGCACUGUAACACAAGUAGAGAGUACUUUAGUGUGUGUGUGUGUGCACUCAUAACACAAACAUGUCAUUUACAACUAAGUUUUUAUGAAAACACAAGUGGUGAAGACAGUAAAACUUUUCUCCUUUGCUACUGAAGAAAUGCCACUGUCCUCCAACAAAACCUCCAGAUUGACAUGUUAGCUCCAAACUGCUAUCAGUGCGCGCGCACGCAUGUGUGUGUGUAACAUAAAACUUGUGUACCUCUAAAACCCAUCAAUCAUACCAGAAACAUUUUAGCUCUGCUGGUGUUUUUAAAAAAAAAGAGGGACUCUUUUGAUUUUGUAGUUUUCUGACGUUCAUCUUGUUUGUUAUUUUCACGAAACAGAAGAUUUUAACCUGAAUCAAACCGACCAACAGCUGAAAUCACACUAAUCACACUCGUGGUGGCACGUUGGUAAAACAAACAACUUAUUUCUUUGUGUGUGUGUGUGUGUGUAUAAAUCUUUUUUCUGUACUUUUUUUUUCCACCCUAUGCAUUCACUGAUCAUGAAUCUGGUACCAACAUGUAUGAUGAACCAACAUAGCCUACACUGGAUGAUCCAAGUAAUUAUUUAAGCAAAAAAAAUAAAUAAAUUGUUUUAACUGAA